CUGGCCACAGGCAGGCAGGAGGAUCGGACGAGUCGGCGAGGAAGCUGCCUGCUUUCAGAUAGAGAGAGUUAUUAAGAUGGCGUUGCUUCGGCUGCUUGCCAUCUCCCUGCUCUUCGCAGUGGCCACUCCUGUCAGGGACAUCGCCCACGAUGCCUGCUCGUCAGAAGUGAAGGAUUUCCAGCACCUGAACAACAGCUCGGGGCUCCACCUGACGCUGCACCACCCGCAGAGCCCCUGCUCCCCGGCGCCGCUGCCCGCCGACCUCCCCUUCUCCGCGGUGCUCGCCCACGACGGCGCGCGCAUCGCGUCGCUCGCCGCGCGCCUCGCCAAGACGCCGUCCUCUCGGCCCACCUUGCUUGACGAGAGCCGCGCGGGGUCGUCGUCGUCGUCCCCCGAUGACGAGUCCCUCGCGUCCGUGCCGCUCGGCCCGGGCACGUCCGUCGGCGUCGGCAACUACGUCACCCGCAUGGGCCUCGGCACGCCGGCCAAGUCGUACGUCAUGGUCGUGGACACGGGGUCCUCGCUCACCUGGCUCCAGUGCUCCCCCUGCGUCGUGUCGUGCCACCGCCAGUCCGGCCCGGUGUUCAACCCCAAGGCGUCCAGCUCCUACGCCUCCGUGUCCUGCUCCGCGCAGCAGUGCAGCGACCUCACCACCGCCACGCUCAACCCCGCCUCCUGCUCCACCUCCAACGUCUGCAUCUACCAGGCCAGCUACGGCGACAGCUCCUUCUCGGUCGGGUAUCUGAGCAAGGACACCGUGUCGUUCGGCUCCACCAGCGUGCCCAACUUCUACUACGGCUGCGGACAAGACAACGAGGGCCUCUUCGGGCAGUCGGCGGGGCUCAUCGGCCUGGCGCGUAACAAGCUGUCGCUGCUGUACCAGCUGGCGCCGAGCAUGGGCUACUCCUUCUCCUACUGCCUCCCGACGUCGUCGUCGUCGUCCUCGGGGUACCUGUCCAUCGGCUCCUACAACCCGGGGCAGUACUCGUACACGCCCAUGGCGUCGAGCUCGCUGGACGACUCGCUCUACUUCAUCAAGAUGACCGGGAUCAAGGUCGCGGGCAAGCCGCUGUCCGUGUCGUCGUCGGCCUACUCCAGCCUGCCGACGAUCAUCGACUCCGGCACGGUGAUCACGCGCCUGCCUACGGGCGUGUACUCGGCGCUCAGCAAGGCGGUGGCGGGCGCCAUGAAGGGGACGCCCCGCGCGUCGGCGUUCUCCAUCCUGGACACGUGCUUCCAGGGCCAGGCGGCGCGGCUGCGCGUGCCCGAGGUCACCAUGGCCUUCGCCGGCGGCGCGGCGCUCAAGCUGGCCGCCAGGAACCUGCUGGUGGACGUGGACAGCGCCACCACGUGCCUGGCCUUCGCGCCCGCCCGGAGCGCCGCCAUCAUCGGGAACACGCAGCAGCAGACGUUCAGCGUCGUCUACGACGUCAAGAACAGCAAGAUCGGGUUCGCCGCCGGCGGCUGCAGCUGAGAAGCGACACCUACAUACACGCGCAUGCACAGACCGACUCGGUAACUAAAACUAAAACGAGCAGCGCAUGCAUGCAUCUACCGUCCGGUUUCGUCUGAAACCAUCAUUAAUUUCGAUCGUCCACUCCACGCACAGCAAGUUCUUUACGGACCUUGCCGCAUAUGAUAUGUACAUGGUGACAAGAUAAGGUACAGGAGAAUUGAUGAAAGAAGCGUUGCCGGCCAGUCGUCGUUGCACAAGAACAAACACAUAAAUUAAAACAUUAUUACAGGAGUAGGGUAUUUAUUGUAUUGUUCAGGCCAGAAAAAUAUGUGGAAAGUGGGUCUUUAACUUAAUUCGGAAGAAGCAUAUAGCACUCCAAAAAAAAAGAUUCAUAUUCAUCACAUAGCCAACAGAUAGCAUGUAGUAGCUGUUCAUGCAUGUAAUUCUUUGGCAAGUCCUGGUCAGGAAGUACCAUUUACUGUGUGUAGGACGAAUAAACUGAAGUGAUGUGUAUGUUUCUGAUUUCUUUCGUACUUGCAACCCGGGGCCCACGUGGUUUUUUUACUCCCUUCUAUAUGUACUGUGGAAAAUAUUGUAACCGCACAAGACACACUCCUAUGCUAUAUAUGUUGUAUGCACAAGACACACUUUGUUAACGAACAAAGAGAUCGAUGAUGCAAAUAUUUAUCACUAUAUAUAUAUAUGGCUAUUGUUAG